CAACGUGCGUUUGCCCCGCCUUCUCGCGCCACGUGCCAGUCUUGUUUGCGAGACAUGGCUGCUGUGGUGCGUUGUGGCCUCAGGCCACCUCUGGUUGUCAUACUCGGGGCGACUGGCACUGGAAAGUCCAAAUUGGCAAUCGAAAUAGGACAAAGGUUCAAAGGGGAGAUUAUCAGCGCGGACUCGAUGCAGGUAUAUAAAGGACUUGAUAUAAUUACCAACAAAGUAACCAUGGAAGAACAAGCAUUAUGCAGCCAUCAUAUGAUAAGCUUUGUGGAACCACUUGUCAAGUCCUAUACCAUCAUUGACUUCAGGAAUCAGGCACUGUCUCUCAUUGAAGAUAUAUUACAGAGAAAGAACAUGCCAAUCAUUGUGGGUGGAACAAACUAUUACAUUGAAUCUCUAUUAUGGAAAGUACUGUUGGACAUAAAGCAAGUGGACAGUGAUGAAGAAAGCCUGCAAAAUGACAAAGCCAGUAUGAAGGCUAAUCUAGAAAACCUAGAUGGCUUAGAAUUGCACCGGCGUCUCACAGAGGUUGAUCCUGAUAUGGCUUCCAUGUUGCACCCACACGACAAGCGCAAGGUGUCAAGAAGUCUGCAAGUUUUCCUUGACACAGGUGUUCCGCACAGUAAAUUAAUUAAAGAGCAAAAGCUUCAAGCUGGAGGAGGAGAUCUAGGAGGACCCUUGAGAUUUGAUAACCUGUGUAUCUUUUGGUUGCACUGUGAUCUUAAAGUAUUAGACCAGAGACUUGACAAGCGUGUGGAUGAAAUGCUAUCUGCUGGAUUGAUUGAAGAACUGAAAGACUUCCAUAGGCUUUAUAAUGAGAAGAAAAUUAAGGAAAACAACCAGGAUUAUCAGCAUGGCAUUUUCCAGUCUAUUGGAUUCAAGGAAUUUCAUGAUUAUUUGACUGUAAGCGUAGAUGCACCCGAAGACAUGAAGACUAGACUGUUUCAGAAAGGUGUUGAAUUACUGAAACUGGCAACUAAACGAUACGCUAGGAAACAAAACAAAUGGGUUCAAAAUCGCUUUCUCAAUAGACCAGGCUCUGCAGUGCCUCCAGUAUAUGGGCUAGACGUAUCUGAUGUCACGCGGUGGGAGGAGUCUGUUCUGGAUCCAGCAAUAGAAAUCCUCACCAGUGUAAUGAAGGGUGAGACUCCCACUGCCCAGCCUUUAAGAGUGAAAAGUGAGGUGAUGCGAAACAAACGGUCUCGACAUGUGUGUGACUUGUGUGACAAAGUUAUCAUUGGAGAUCUGGAAUGGAAAGCUCAUUUGAAGUCAAAGAAACAUGUUUACCAUUCCAAAAAGAAAACCAGGCUAACAUUGGAAAAGGACUGCAAAAAUGAUUCUGUUCAUUCACUUCCAUCGACUACAGAAAUCCAGACUGAAGAAAUAACUUUGUGCUAGGAGGUUUAUGUCACUGCUUCUGGUACUUAAUUCACAUGUAUUUAUUGUCUAAUACUUCCAAAGAAGUUAUACAGAGAUGAACAGGACAAUGCCUCAUGGAACAGUUUUAAUGGAAUUUCUCCUUAUGUUCUUGAUUGGUCUGCUGUAGGCACAAACUUUACUGGAAGUAUUUCUUGAUCGGGCACCUUUUUCAAAAACUCCAGUUUUAUGUUGAAUAUCUCAUCCAGUGAAACUGGAAUUAAGCCCACUUUUCACUGGACAAAUUUUAUGUCAUUUGGGGUUAAAAAAUCUACUUAUCCUACAUCCCGGUCUUUAUUUACACCAGAGUGUAAAGGUCAGUCUCUGCAAAUGAUCAUUUAUUUAAUUUUCACUGUGGAUUUUACGGCCCAUAUAUUCUGUUGUUUCCAAAAUUGUUUACCUGUACUCACUAACAAUUAAGAAAUUGCUGCAGAAAUAACUGAGCAUUAACAACAAAAUCCUAUAAAUUCAAAAUUGUAAUAUCAGGUCUUUAAGGAGCUUUCACAUAUUUUUUCUGCCCACACUUUGUAAUGGUUUCUAUAAUAAUUGAAUACAUACAUUUUAUGUGCAGUCUUUUUAAGUUAAAAAAAG